AUGAUUUUGUUUAAAAGAAAUGCUGAAUCCGUUUGUUUAUGUAAAUACAAAAACAAAGAAUAUUUAAUUUUGGCAAAAAUAAUUGUUAAAAAUAGUCCUAAAGAGAAAAAAGAUUCAUUUAAAGGAAUAUUAAUAAAAAAAUACAAUAGUUCUAAUUUUAAGUUAGAAAAAAAAAAAAUUUCAAAAUUUGUUGAUAUAAUUGAUUUUAACAAUUAUGAUGAAAAAAAAAAAAUCAUUAAGAUAAAUGGCAUGUUUUAUUUUACUUCAUUUAAAAAAGACAAAUAUAAAGAAACCAUUUUAUGCAUAAUUUUAUCCUCGUUUUUUUUACUUUUCUUCUCUAUAAAAAAUUUAACAUUUCUGCAUUUUACAACAUUAAAAGAAAACUACAGUGAGAGUUUUAAAGAAAAUAGCAUUUUUAAUUGGUUUUUGAUAAAUAACAAAAAAGAAUUUUUCAACUGUGUAUUAUUUAUACAAAAGAAGAGACAAGAACUAGAAAUUUACUUUUUAUAUGAUUACAUUAAAAGUAAAGGAGUAAGAGGAUACAAUAAAUAUUCUUUAUUUUUUAGUGAUUAUUUAAUUUGUAUAGAAAAAAUAAAAUAUAUGAACAAUAAGCAUAUUGAAUCAGAAGGAGAAGAAAAUUAUAUUCCUAUAAAUAGAAAAAAUAACUUUUCAACCAAAAAGAAAAAAAAAAAUAUAAAUAUUCUUUCUUCAAAAAUAUAUUCCAGUAAUAGAAAAAGUGAAAAUAAUAUUGAAGAGUUUUCAAAAAAUAAUAAACCAAAUAUUUUUCAUAAGAGAAGAUAUUGUAAACAUCAUAAAAAUGAUAAAUUUAUCAAAAAAAGAAUCAUUAAUUUAAAUAUAAAGUAUAAAAAAAAUCACAAUAGAGAAAAUUUACAUAGUAACAAUGGAAAUGAAGGUAUUAAUUAUUCAGAGAACAUAUACGAAAGUAAAAAUAAUAGAGAAAAUAUUAAAUUAAAAAAGAGUAAUAAUAAAAUUAUCAAACAAAUAAAUACAAAAAAAAGUAUUAUUUCGUUUAGCACUGUCGAAAUUUUAGAGGAGAAUAUAUAUUAUGAUCAAAAGAGCAAACAGUUAAAAAAAAAAGUAGAUAAAGUAGAAAAAAAAAGUAGAAAUUGUAACUUUAUGAAAAAAAAUAAAACAAAAAAAAAUUCAGAUAAUUUAAGUUUAGAAAAUGCUAUAUCUUAUACAAAAGAAGAAAAUAAUACAAUACAUGAUAAAUUCAUUUUAGAUACACUAAAAAAAAAAUUUUCUUCUGUUUGUAUACACGGAGGUAUUAAAAAAAAAAGUAUAAAGAGUUUUAAAAAAAAAAAAAAUUAUUAUAAUUUAUUUUUAGUUACGAAAAAAUUGACUUUUUAUGUAUAUAAAUUAUGUUGUUUCAGUUAUAUUUUUAAGUAUUGUUAUUGUGUUAUUGAUUUAUCAAAAGAUUAUUUAUACAAUUUUCCUAUAUUAGGAAAUAACACAUUAGAUAUUUUUCUUAAUAAUAAAUAUAAUUAUCAAAACACUCAGAGUUAUGAUUAUUUUAAUUUGUCUAAUGAAACUGUCCAAAUUAAAAAAAACUUUUUUACGUGUAAACAAUUAAAAAAUAAUAUUUAUGUAUCUAUAUGUUUUAAUAAAAACAUUUUAGGAAUAGCAAGUAGUAACGGAAAACUUUAUUUUUAUGAACUGUCAUAUAUACAAGAAAAAUUUAUUUGCAAUUUUUUACAAAAAUGUGACUUUAAUUUUUCUUUAAUCUCAUUUAUAUGGAUAAAAAAACAAAAAAAUAAAUUUUUAUUUACCGAUAAUUGUAAUAAAAUUUAUAUAGGUGAACUUAUUUAUAACAAUACUAAUAAUACUUAUUCUAUUGCCAUUUAUAAUUCUCAUAUAAAAUUAAAUGGAGAUAUAUUUUUUACUUUACCUAAUGAAUUUUUUUGUAAAAAAAAAAAGUCUUUUGCUUGUUUUUUUUCUCUGAGUCCUUUCUUUUUAACUUUUUAUUUUUCUAAAAACAAAUUUUAUAUAAUUAUUUUAAAUUUAUAUUCGAAAUUUUUAAAGUAUCCUUUCUAUAAAAUUUCUUCAGAAUUAUUUAUUCAUAAUAAUCAAUUGUAUGAAUAUAGAAAUAGUCAUAUUUUUAUUCAUAGUAUACUUAAUAGGAAUAUUAAUUUAGUAAGCAUCAUAGAUAUAAUUAAUAGAAAGAAGAAGUAUUUUUUUCCAUUAUUACGUAAAAAAAUAUUAGAAAAAAUAGAAAAAAAAAAUAAUGUAAAUAAAAAGAAAAAUUCAAGGAAACAAAAAAUUCGAAGUUUUAAUUAUGAAUUUUAUAAUAAAAAAAAAAAUUCUCGAGAAAUUCGUAACAAUAAUUUUUCUUUUGCUCUAAUUAGUUGUUAUAUAUCUAUCAAAAAAAAUUAUCCAAAUAAAAUAAUUAAAAACCAUGAGGAAAUGUUUGAAUCAGAUAUUUUAUUAAUAAAAAUUGAAAAAACAUUUCAAAUAUUUUAUAUUUUUAAAAAUUCAUUAAAUGCAUGUUUUUUUAACCGUAGGCAAAUUGUCUUACUAAAAAGAAAUGUAUUUUUAAAUGAAUGUAAAACAGAAGAUAUAAAUAUUUAUUCUUCUCAUUUGUUUAUCUUCACAAUUUAUGAUAAUUGUAUUUUAAAUGAGACAAAUAAAUAUAUAAAACAAAAAGUUCAAAAUGUUUUUACUCAUUCAGUGUUCAAUAAUAUCCUUUUUAUGUGGUCUGCUGAUAAGGGAGGUAAAUUAUUUUACACUUAUUUAAAAAAUUAUAAAAAUAAUAAUGAUAAAGAUUUAAAAUUAAAAAGUAUAUUUAAUGUAAUUAAAAAUAAAAAUAUUAGUAUUCCUAUUCAAUCUAUUCAAUGGAAAAAAUAUAAUAAUACACAAAUAUCUCUUAUAAUAUUAACACCUUAUUAUCUUAUUAUUUUUUUUAUUAACAAUUGCAAAAGUAAUAUAAUUGUUAUAGAAAAAAUCAUAAAAUUUGAUUUUAGAAAAGUAUUUGGUAACGGGAUAUUAAUUGAAAGUUUGAAGAUAAAAAAAAAAGAAAAUUUGUUUGCUCUAUCUACUUGUAAUUGUAUAUAUAUAUUUAGUUACAACGACUUUUAUGAAAAAAUUUAUUUGAAAGCACUUAGAAGAUUACAAAAUAAAAAAAUAAAGAAAAAAAAAAAACAUUUAAUUUUAAAAAUAUCUUCUAAAUCUUUAACAUACGUUAUACUUCAACAAAAUAAUUAUCCUUUAUUAAAUAAAAUAAAGUCAAAAACUAUAUCAAAAACAGCAAAGAAUAUAUCAAAGGAAAAUAUCGUCCAAGGAAAAGUAAUAAUAGGAAAUAAUUUAUUAAAUGAACUAGAAGAAAAGAAAAAAAAAAUAAAAAAAUAUUUAGAUAGAGUACAUUAUAAAAAUUUAGUGCAAAUUAAAAAAAAAUUUCUGUUAAUUAUUUUAAAACAAAAAGUCAACUAUCUUAGUGCUUAUAAAAAUAACAAUAUAAAACAUUACAAAAAAGUUAUUAAGUUUAAAGAACUAUACAACUGUAAAAAAAGGAAUAAAAAUUAUAAGAUAAAAAAAAAUGUAUCAAUUAGAACCAGUGAUGGUUUUUUUUCAUAUGAACAUAUUUUUAAAGAUUUGAAUGCAUAUAAAUGUAAAAUAGCACAAUUAUAUGAACCUUUUUUUGAUAAAAAUUAUUUUUCAAUAAGAACAAAUUAUAUACAGAAACAUGAGAGUUCUGACGAAGAAUCACUUCUGAAUUUCUUUUAUAAUACUUGGAUAAAUAACUUAAGUAAAAAUACAAGAAAAUCAUUUGAAAAUCAUUUUGAUAAGCCCCAUUUUUCAAAUUCUUUACUAUUAGAGAGCAUAGUAGAAAAAAUGGAAAAAAAAAAAAAAAAAAAAAAUUUUACAUUUCAAAAUUAUUUUAAAAAAUCUAUGAAUUCUACAUGUAAUUUUAGCAAUAAUUAUAAUGAAAAUAUAAUUCACCAAAAUAGGCCACAAAUAAAAGAAACAAAUAAAAAAAAGGAAUAUUGCAUAAAACCCCUGGGGUUAGUUGUAUAUUAUAGGUGUACAGAGGGAAGUAAAGAUAUUUUAAAUGAUGCAUCUGGUUGCAAUAGAACAGCAACACUAAAAAAUUACAAAGAAUCAAGUUCCGUAUGGUUUUAUAAAUUAAAAAAAAACGAACUUUUAAUUAAUGAAGAUAAAUGGGGAAAAAAAAUAAAAGAAAAUUAUUGUCUAAAAUUAGGCGGUAAAUCAAAUUGUUAUAUUGAAAUAAAAUCAGAUGACUGCUUAGAACUUUUAGGUGGUAGUUAUAGUAUGAAUGAAAAAAGCAUAGAAAUAAAAAAAGAAAUUCAUAAAAAUUUAUUGAACGAAAAUAACGAAGGUUUUACUUUUGAGAUGUGGAUAGGAAUUAAAGAAGAAUUUUUAAAUAAACAUAAAUUUUCAAAUAAAGAUAAAAAAAAACAUAUUUGUUUAGUUCAAAAAGGGGAAAAUGAAUGGAAUAUAAAUUUAAUUAUUGAUAAGGAUAAAUGCUAUUUUUUAAUAAAUUUCAAACAAAAAAAAUAUCAAUUCGAUCAUUUUUCAUUUGAAUAUUUAAGAAGUAUUAAAUUGAAUAAUUACUACUGGAGUAGUAUAUCUAUUGUAUUUAAUUUAACCAUUGAUCUUAUUUAUGUAAUUUUAUCAGGAAAUGAUACUUAUUUUUUGAAUAUGUGUAAUAAUUCUUAUAUAAUUUUUUAUAAUAGUUUAUUAUAUCCAACUAAUUUUUUUAUAGAUAACAAUAAAAAAUUAUCAUUAUAUAUAGGUAUAAAACCAAGCGAUGGUAACAAAAAUGGUGAUGAAGAAAACACUUUUAUUCAUAAUGAUAAAAAUAAAUUAAUAUCAAAUAAAAAUAAAAAAUACUCCAAAGAAUUCAUUUCUUUUUUAAUAACUGACAUAAGAUUAUUUGCUACAAGUCGUUCAGCAGUUAUUGUUAUUAAAGAAAAUAAGGCAAUAUUAACUGGUGAUUUUGAUUAUGAAAAAAAUAAAGAAGAUAUAAGAAAUAUUAAAAUAAAAGAUAAAAAUGAGCUCAAUAAUACCCACACACAUAAAAUAGAACAGUUAAUAGAUGACUCAAAGAAUAAAAAAUCUUCAUUUAACAGUUUUGAUUCUUUCAAUUUAGACAACACAAAAAAAGAAGUAUAUGAUUAUGAUAUAUUAUCAAAUCAUUCUAAUGAUAACAACAAAAAAUGGAAUAAUAAAAAUGAAGACGAAUAUAAAAAAGAAGAGAAAACAAAUCAACUAAAUAAUGAGACGAAACUGAAUAAGAAUAAAUGGGGUAAACUUAUUCCUGAAAUAAAUAAAAAAGAAAACAAUUUUUUUAAAAUAAAUGAGGAAGAAAAGGAUAUUAAAGAUAAAUUUAGUGAGUUUAAUAAUGAAAUAGAAGAAAUAAAAAAAAAAUUUAAUCAGAUUAACGAUGAAAUAAAAGAAAAAGAAAAAGGAAAAGAUGAAAGAAUUAUGAUCAAUAAUGAGGAAUUUUUUAAAUUUGAUUCUGAAAAAAGUAAUGAUUCUAUAAAUGAUUUUUCUUAUAAUAAAUUAUCUUCUAAUCAAUCUUAUUUAUCCAAUGAAAGUUUAUAUGAAAAUAAAAAUUGUAACAAAAUUAAUAGUAAAAUUGAAGAGAAAAAAUCAAAUGAAAUAUCUUUUUCACUUAAUUCCAUUUCAAAGAUUAAUAAAAAAGAAAAUUUAAGUGAAGAGAAUUAUAACAUAUUACAAACAGAUAAAAAUUCCAACAAAGAACAAAGAGAAAAUAAGUUGAAUUUCUUUGAUGAAAUAAAUGAAGAUAAAAAAAAUAAUGAACUGAAUGCAAACGAAGAAAAAUCAUUUAAUUAUAAUUUUUCUAAAAGUGAUGAAGUAAAUGAUAAAUUACUGAAUUUUAAUUUUUCUAAUGAUAAUAAUAAUGAUAAAGAAAAUGGAUAUGAAAAAGACCCAUGUGUAUUUGAUCAAAACAACACUUUUGAAACAAGAAAAUAUUCCUGUGAUAAAAAUGUUUCCCUUUUUGAUGAUAUUCAUAAGUAUAACAAAAAAGAUGCUAAAUUAAAAAAAGUAAUCAGUAAAGAUUUAAAAAAUGAAAAUGAAAUUAAUUUAAAAAAAGAAUCAAAAGAACAUUAUAAUGAAAAAUAUAUUAAUAUUAUUCUUAAUGAAUUUAAAGAUAAAUUAAAAAAUGAAUUCUUUGAUAUUUAUGUUGAUAAAAUUAAAAAGAAACUAAGUAAUAGUAACAUAAAAAAGGAAGAAACAUUGGAAAAUAUUAAAUAUCAAAGCCAAAAUGAAAGUGAAAAUGAGAACGAAAACGAGAACGAAAAAUUGACUAUAAAUUAUAUAAAAAGCAAAUAUCAAGAAUUAGUUAAAAAAAAAGAAUUUUUAGAAAAAAAAAAAUCCUAUGAUAAAAAAAAAGAAGAAUUAAAAAAGUUUAAAGAAAAAUCGCAAAUUGAAAAGGAAAUGGAUGAUUAUAUAAAAGAGCAUCAAUUAAUGAACGAAUAUUACAUAAAAAAAUAUAAAUACGAUAGUGAAAACUCGUAUAGAACAAAUAGAAAAAGUGAUGAAUAUGAAGAGGACAUGAGUAUGAGUUGGAAUAAUGAAAAAAUUGCACAUUUAAAAAAUGACCAAAGCAAUUUUAUCAAAAAAAAUAGUAACUCUAUGAAUUCAGAUAAAAGUGAUUUUUCUGUUUAUAAAAAAUAUAAAUUAAAAAAUUUUAAUGAAAUUGAUUUAUCUUCUAGUGAAAAUAAUUGUGAAAAGAAAAAAAAAAGAAAAGAAAAAAAAAAAGAAAAAAAAUGGAAUAAAACAGAUUUUAUGUUUAACAAUUGUAAAAAAAUUAAUGAAGAAACUAUAAAAUAUGAAGAGAGUAAAAGUAAUGAAAUUAGUAUUCUUUCAGAUAUAAAGAAUGAAAAAAAAGAAGAAAAAAAGCAAAAAGAGAAAAAAGUUAGAGAUAAUAUAUUUUCUUUUUCAUUUGAAAAUACUAAAAAAAAACAUAUAGAUGAAUUAGACAACUAUAAAAGAAAUUUAAAAAACGGAAAUGGAAUUGAUACAAGCCUUAAUAAUUUAAUGAAUAGUAAAAAUAUAGAAGAAAAUAUAAUGAAAAAAGAAAAAGAUAACGAUAAUACAAUAAAUCAAGAGGAUAUAAAUAUUGGUAAAAAAUAUUAUAAAUAUAUUUGCCCUUUAACACCAUAUGAACUAUUUAUUAUUAAACAUUUCUUUAAAAAUGGAAUAAAUUUGGAAUUAAAAGAAUUCAGAAAUAAAAGUUAUCUGUCUAGUCCAAUGAAUACUAUUUCAAAAUAUAUAUCAAGAAAUCCUAAUAAUGUAAGAUAUAUAAAAUAUAAGAUUUUUCUAAUGAAAUCAUUACUUAAAAUUAGUUUAAAAUAUAUUAUAGAAAAAAAAUAUACAAAAGCUUUAAAAGGAUGUAUUAAAAAUGGAGAAUAUAUAAAAAAUUUUAUUAGAAGUUAUUGUAUUUUAAAAACUAGAAAAAUAAAAAAUGAUCACAAAUAUUUUGAGUUUUAUCUAAAUUUAGAGAAUGUACAUUUUACAAUGAAUGAAUUAAAAAAUAUUUUAAAAAGUAACGUAAGAAAUAUUAUUAUCUGUAAGAUUUUAAUAUUAAUUAAUGAGUACAAGCAUUAUAAAUAUAUAGAAAAUUCUUCUUUAAUUUUGAUAUUAUACUCUAUUUUGUGUAGAAUAAUAGUAAAUAAAAAGUUACUGAACUAUGUUUUAAAAAAAUUUAUGUUACAUUUAUUUAUAAGAGGCUGUUUAUUUUAUGUUCAAAAGAUUUGCGAAUUUUUUUUUUUAAUUUUUCCUUAUGAAAAAAAUAAUUUAAUCAUAUCUGAAUUAUAUGAGCUUUCAAAAAAUUCUUUUCUAAGAUAUUCUACAUUUUACAAUGGUAAUAAAUUUGCAUUAAUAAACGAUUAUCAUUUAAAUUUUGAGAAUUGUAUAAAAGAAUUUUCUCCUGAGUGGGGUUAUUACAUUUAUACUACAAGCAACUUCAAUAUAUUUUCUUCCAAUAUUAAAUUUAACGGCUUUUUAAAAAAAAAUCUUGAUUUUUCUUUGAUUUCAGAAGAAAAAUAUGAAUUUUUACUUCAUACGAAUUCCCCAAUUGCUAAUAAUAUCAAAACUUUCAGUAGUAUUGAUAAAAGUAGUAGUAAUAACAAUGAGAAUAAUAAAAAUAAUAAUAACCGUAGAGACAGCAGUAAUAUAUUACAAAAUCAUUCGAAUUUAGACAAUAUAAAAACAUUAUUAAAAGUGAAUAAAUAUAGCCAAAAAACUUCCUUACUUAAUUAUUUAUUAAAUUAUGAAAAAAAAAAAAGGAAUUAUUAUAUUAUUGAUGAUAGUUUAAAGCAUAUUGAGUUUAGUAGAAAAAAGACAAAUUAUAAUUUAGAAAAAAAAGUUCAACUCGAAAAUCGAAACUUUUCGAAAGAUAAACAAUUAGAUCACCUUAUGGACAAAGUUACUCAUGAUGAUUAUUUGGAUUUAUCUAAAUAUUCUUAUAAAAAUAUAUAUCUUUUAGGUAAUUGCCCCUAUUGUAAUAAUGUUUUUAAUUUUUUUACAAGAUCUUGUAAUAUUUGCCAACGAUUUGUCCAUAUAUGUUAUUAUUUUUUUAUUUACUGCACAUAUAAAUACCAUUGUAAAUUAUGUGAUGCAACCUAUUCUGAAAAGUGUCUAGAAAAAUUUAAAAAUGGUUUUAAUUGUUUCUAUUGCGGUCUUUUUUUCAUAAGUAAAUAA